UCGGCGCGAAGCGCGCCACCACUUCCGUUCGCAGCAGCGCUCCGGCUGCCGCUUCCAUCCUCGGACUCCGCCUCGCCAUGGCGCAGUGCCGUGUCACCGACUUCUUUGCGCGCCGCCGUCCCAGACCCCGCGCCGCGUCGUCGUGGGCCAAGCGGACUUGGAGAACCCCGAGCCCUGCCAAGCUGGAGCCCAGCGCCCCGGUCCCCACCAAGGGCGGCAGCCGCAAGCGCGCCCGUCCGUCAGCCGAGCCCGCGCGCGAAGAGCUCACGCGCGACAAGCCCGCGCCACCUGCACGCAGGAAGCUGAGGUUGCCGGCCGACGCGGUCUCUGACCCUGCCUCCCCAGCUGCCUCUGGCUCCCCAGAGCACUCUUCUCCCAGCAAGAAGACAAAGAAGGUCAUCUCAGCAGGUCAGCUGCCCAACUUGGCACCCCAAGAGGACAAGGUCCCCUCAAAGGCCACCUUCUCUGAGCUCAAGUUGUGCCUCCAACGGGCCCGGGAGCUGGGGGCACGGGUCCAGGAGCUGAGGACAAGUACCCAGAGGAAUGAUGCUGGGGAAUCCAGUACACCGGAGGCCAAGGAGCACCCAGCAGGGCCAUGUGGAGAGAAGGCUCCCGCCUACCAGCGCUUCCAUGCCCUGGCCCAGCCAGGGCUCCCUGGCCUCGUGCUGCCCUACAAGUACCAGGUGUUGGCUGAGAUGUUCCGCAGCAUGGACACCAUCGUGGGCAUGCUCUACAACCGGUCAGAGACUGUGACCUUCGCCAAGGUCAAGCAGGGUGUCCAAGACAUGAUGCGCAAGCGCUUUGAGGAGCGCAACGUGGGCCAGAUCAAAACUGUAUAUCCCACCUCCUACCGCUUCCGCCAGGAGCGUAAUGUCCCCACCUUCAAGGAUGGAUUCAAGAAGUCUGAUUACCAGCUCACCAUUGAGCCACUGUUGGACCAGGAGAUUGGCAACAUGGUCCCCCAGCUCACAGCCUCUCGACUCCUGCAGCGGCGGCAGGUCUUCAGCCAGAAUUUGGUGGAGCGUGUCCGAGAGCACCACAGGGCCUUCCUAGCCUCCCUGAACCCCCCCAUGGUGGUGCCUGAGGACCAGCUGACACGCUGGCACCCUCGCUUCAAUGUGGAUGAAGUGCCUGACAUUGAGCCUGCUGAGCUACCCCAGCCACCCACCACAGAGAAGGUGGCCACUGCCCAGGAAGUGCUGGCCCAAGCUCGCAGCCUUAUGUCACCUAGGAUGGAGAAGGCCCUGAGUGACCUGGCAUUGCGUACAGCCAAGCCCAGCAGCCCUGGGUCCCCUAGCCCUGAACUGCCAGCUACACCCCCGGCCACUCCACCUGCCCCCCUGAAGGGGGUGUCCCAGGACCUGCUGGAGCGGAUCCGGGCCAAGGAGGCACAGAAGCAGCUGGCACAGAUGACACGGCGCCCAGAGCAGGAACAGCGGCUGCAGCGGCUUGAGCGGCUGCCUGAGCUAGCACGGGUGCUACGUAGUAUCUUCGUGUCUGAGCGCAAGUUGGCACUCACCAUGGAGGUGGCCUGCACCAGGAUGGUGGGCAGCUACCACACAGCCAUGAGCCCAGGUGCGUGCAGGAACGCCUCCUAUGCUGCGGUCACAGAUGAGGGGGAGAUGGAGAAGCAUGUGCAGCUCCUUUCUGAGCUGCUGCCUGACUGGCUCAGCCUCCACCGCAUCCGUACUGACACCUAUGUUAAGCUGGACAAGGCUGCCGACCUGGCGGUUGUCACUGCACGGCUGGCCUGUCUUGCCCGUGCUGAAGCACUCUGAGCCUGAUGCUGCGGACCAACAAAUGUCGGCUCAAGGCCCCAGCCUGGUCCACUGUGCCUGUUUUAUUCCUUUAUGAAUAUGAUGCACUUUCCUUUUCCUGAGUACCCAUGAGGGCCAGAGGCUGGGCUGGGUUCUGGCUGCAUGGCCUGGGGGACUCUGGCUAGUGUGGGUGGUAUGCCCACCUUGUACAGUGUAUUAUCAUUAAACUGCUUUCUCUUGG